CCUUCAAUAAUACGAUAUGCCGAUCCUAUUUCUAAAUUCCUAUACAUACACCAGUAACUAAUUUCAGAUUGAAAAGCGCCUGAUACUAAACAGUCAAUAUGGCACCGGUAGAGCUCCACGGAAAUACUCUUGGCGAGAGACAUAAAAACUUUAAUAAAUUGGUGAAAGAAUUCAAUCAACAUUCUCUAAACAUUGACGAAGCUAACAUAAACGAAUCUGAUAUAAGCAACUUGUUAAAUAUCGACGUUGCUAAUACGAAUAAAAAUGUGGAAUUUAUUCUGAAAACUUUAACAUGUAGCGAUCUUUUAUAUGUUAAUCGAGCACUGAAGAAUUGCGAUUGGUUAAUAAAUGAUGAAAAAUAUACUCAUAUAAUAAAUCCUGAAUAUCUAAAUGUUAAUCUUUAUCCGAAAAUGCAAACGAAAGCUGUUUUAAAACUCCAACACUUAAUACAACUUAAAUUAAGAGAUGAAUUACGGGCAGAACAAUUUUUUAAAUAUGAAACAAAAUCUUCAGAUGCAGUAAAAUGGCUGCCAAAAUGUUCGAUAGAAUUCAUAGAAAAUAAUUUUAGUAAAUACAAAAAUGAAAUUAAAAUCCCUAUAUUGAGACGUCUCUGUGAGAAAUCGAUAAUAUUUCUAGAAAAAUACGCAGAUGGAAAAUUACGUCCAAACGUUUCUCAGAGCACGUUAUUUUUAUUGAAUGUCAACCUUGAUAAAUACUUAGAUAUUUUAGAAUCGCAAUCAAUAUUUUCACUGCCCAUUUUUGGUAAGCGAGCUACGAAACUUUUGAUGACGAAAUGUCCUCAAAGAAUAAUCGAUAAGUUCUAUCAUUAUUGUUAUAAUAUCGAUGGACCUACUUUCGUAAAGUACUUAAAUGAAGAUUUAAGCACAUUUCUAAAGAAAAAUUUUAAUGAAGACAAAGACCACGAUUUAAAUCAAUAUUUCAGUAAAGUAAAACAUUGGGAGCCGUUCUUGAGUGCACUGCCGGAAUCAAGACGAAUUGAAUUUAUUAAUAAGUUUUUCAUAAGUGAAACUAAAGAAAUAGAGGCAACUAUAAAACUAAUUAGGGAAUUGCUAUAUCGAACUCCUUUUUAUUAUUGGUAUAAAUUCUUUCCAUUCGAACUUGCAUUUUCAUCCAUCAAAAGUAUGAUGGGACCUGAAACUGACGAAGAAAGUAAAAUCGAAAUGCUGGAGACAAUAAUGCUUUCCGCUAAAGGUGAUUUAGAACACGGAAAGUGUUUACUGAAAUAUUUUCAAGAUAAACAUAUUAAUUCUCCUAGAAAAGUAAGAGUCACUUUUCUAGUUAAUUUUAUAUCUAAUUUCAAGACGCACAAUUUUGAUGAAGAUUCAUGGAAUAUGUUGCAGAAUAUAAUGGAGAGUUUAGAUAUUUACAACGAUGAAAAUAUUGAUAAAACAAUCAUUGAAUCUUUGAUGGUGUACCAAAUUCUAAGCGGCAAAAACGUACCGGAAAAAACAUCAAAAUUAUUUACAUUCAACUCUUUAAAAAGUUUUCAAACCAAAUUAAACACAAAAGAGAAGGAAAUUAUUUUCAAAAGCUUAUCAGAAACAAACUGGAAAGAAGUACAAAGUAUUGAAUUAAAUGAAAUUGAUGAUUUUAUACGUUGCAUUGAUUCACUAAAUAAUACAUUAAUAUUACUAAAGGAUUGGAAUAAGAAUAUCCUCGAUUACCCUUUUGUACUUGAUAAAAUUAAAGAGCUAGUAAAAAUAAAGCAAGAAAAGGUUUGGAAUGGGGACAUGUCGCCAUUAUACAAUGUGCAAAAAUCCUGGAGAAAACAUAUGUUCAACGAAUCAAUUAUUUUAUCUCCUACCGAGGAAGUUUGUAUUAAUUCAUUGAAACACGAUCCAAACUUAUUAGACCUGUAUAAGAACGAGGUAGAAUCGAUAUUCUCUAAUAAUAACGUUUCUCUUAAACGUUUACUUCGAAAAGUCAGAAUUUAUUGGCCAGAAUCUAUUAACAAGGAUUUCAAAAACGCAUAUUUAAAUCGUUUAAAUCAAAACGAUGGUAAAAAUGCAAUAACUCAAGGCCUUUGUAUCUUGUUGCCGAAAGAAGAACUUACAAUGAUUUUAAAUAAACAUGCUCCAAUUAAUCCAAAAGUUGAUUUUGAUAAAAUUGAUGAAAUUGAAUUAGAUCUUCAGAGAUGUCUUGCCAAGAAUAUGCAUAACGCUCGGCCCCAUCCUCAUUUCGAGACUCUCUUUUUGUACGCAAAAGGAGACUAUCUUAUGUUUGCAAUGUCUUCUGUUCGUGCAAUUUAUUAUAAUGUGAGCUCCGUACAGUGCCAAGAAUCCGUAUCUCAAAUACUGAAUACUCCAGUUUCUUUACAAAAACAUGGACUUCGACUGUUAUUUAAUAAGUUACCAUGUGACAAAAUAAAAGAAUCAUGCUAUGCUCUGUGGAAGGAAUCUAAAAAUCCCACGAUUCGUACAGAAAUCUUUAAACUCGUUUUUAAACUCUUAUGCAAUGAAAAGAUUGAAUUAAAUAUUACACAAACUUGGGAACUAUUGGAGAUGUUAAUUGAUGAUCUGACGUUUCUUGAAAACAAAUCGAUAUACCGAUUAUUGUAUGAGGUUAAUAAAAUACCUCUAAGCGUGAAAGCUAAGUUUUUAGUUAAAUCUUACAAUUACUUGAAAACUUUAAUUAAAAAUAAUAAACAAGAAUAUGAAGGAGAACGAUGGGAUCUUCGACCUCUAGUAAUGUAUAGUAAAAUAAUUGUGUCAUCUAUGCCGUAUGAGUUUAUGACCGAAAUUAUCGAUGAUUACGUUAAAAAUGAAUUCUUCAAAGAAAGGAUAAAGCCUGGCGAUAAGACUGAGCUUAUAUCCUCAUUUAUUUUAUGCUCUAGAAGUGAAGAGGAACAAAUGAAGAAAUAUAAUGAAGUACUAGCACCAAUUUUGAUGAAAUCUAUAAAAUUAUGCAACGAACAGAUAGAAUCCAAGUAUUACAUCAAAGAGAAUAUUGAACUGCUAUUGAUUAAUUUAAAUGACGACUUGCAUUGUAUAAUUCGAAAGGAAUUUAUACCGCCGGUUAAAAUGUUCACGGUUAUUCAAGAAAUAUUGGAGCAGUCGUUGCCAUUGUCCGAAAACUAUAUUUUAAUAAGAACGUGGCAGUUAACUACGAACUUAGUAACACUCUUCUACAAAUAUCAACCACAAAUUUGGGAUGAUACAUGCACAAAAAUAGCUCCUGAGGUUGGAAAAAUUUGCAAAGAGUAUUUGAUGAAAGAUACGAAAUCAUAUUCUCCACGCAUUUACACACUUUUUAUGAAAGCUUUUGCUAAUGUUUUCCGCCUAUUUUCAGACGAUGUAAUCUAUGAGAUUUUUAAGAGUUUUAUUGAGAAGGAGGACUUCUUAGUAGGGUAUUUAGCUGCUUUGCAGGGUAUAAAACUAUUAAGCGAACAUGCUAUAAUUAAGGAUAUGCAUGAAAACAUAAGUAAACAUCCAUCCGUGGAAGUAAAGAUGCAUUAUUACAAUACGUUCCGAAAAGGACAAAUUGAUGAACCACUUUCACUUAAAUCGUGGGAUUAGUGAGAAAUAACUACGGUUUCAGGUGGGUUUAUGGUCAAAGACUAGUUUAUCCUUACUAAUUUUAUAAGUGCUCUAACACUGUCUUGCUUGCACUUCAAUCUACUGAACGAAAUCUAAAUGGACUUUGGUACACAGUUUGGAGCCUGUGAAAGAAAGGCUACUUUUUAAUGCGAAAAAAGGGUUGAAAGGGGUGAUGUAAAGUUGUAUGGAAAUAGAAACAGCUUUUUUGGCAGCUAGAAACUUUCAACUUUUUUUUUAAAUUGAAUUUUAAAGUAAAUUUUUCAUAAUUCAUGUGAUAAUAUAAGCUUGUUAAAUUUUUUCCUCAAUCGUGCAAAAUAACAAUAAGGAAUAGCUGAAGAAAGUUUGUAUAGGAUUGUGUAAAGUUUAUGUGAACGUUUUAUAAGUUUAAGUACAAUAAUUGCCUAAUUAAAAUGCUACACAAGUCACUAGAGCAGCUAGUUCGAUACAAAAAAUAGUGUAGUCACCGUUUUCUCAAAUAGAAUGGAAGGUAUAACAAAAUCGUUUAAUUUAUUAACGAGUGUUUUAUACUUUUAUAAAAAUAUAUCGUCUUGUGUAAAAAUAUAUAUAGUCUUUUGUUCUUUUUAAUAAAGAAAU